AAUGUUUGCGCAUAUUCAUAGUUUUUUUUCUCUUUUAGGCAGCAUUACAGAAGCUAAACAAAAUGAAGGCAUGUUGGACGCUUCUUUGAGUUUCGAACAUCGGCAAAAUGCCUUGUUGGAAGUGGAGAAAAACAUAAAGCAACAACAGGAAUACGAGAUAGAGAUGCAAUCCAUGCUCAAAACUCAUAGGAAGAAGCUCUUAGAAGACGUAGCGUUGCAACAAAUACAAUUGGAGCAAGAACUCGAAAAAGUUCAACAGGAAAGAGACACGAAUAGAGCGCGUUUACUCUCGUACAUUCACAUUGCGGAGAAAGAAGCUGAUAACGUAAUUAAAGAAUUUCUGAGAAACAGCGAGGAAGAAAGACAGAGUCAGGCCGAGUUAGUGGAGCGGGAGAAGCAAGAAGAAAUGCAACUAUUAAGCUCCUGCCACUCAGAACAGUUCCUACUACGUACGAAAGACACUCUUUUUGCAAUGGAGAAAUUGUUGGACGAGGAAAUGUGCAGAACAAGGAAAUGGGAAGAGCAUACCAAAUACAGAGACUGCACCGUACAAUCCUUGCUUACGUUGGAAGUGAGAAACAACGACCACUUGGCACAGAUAGUGCAUGAUCAGGAGAAAAGCAGGCAAGACCUUAUUGAUAGGUUACGACGGGAUGAAGUCUUACAGAAAGCAGCAGUUGCCGCAUUGUUGGAACGGAGCGAUGCGCGUUCCUGGAGUAUUAUUCAGCAAAUGAAUCUCGUGCAAUCACAAUUGGCUGCGCUUACUAAUAUCGAACUUGAAAGGCGAAAGUUGGAGAUCACUCAGCAGGUUAAUGAGAUCGCUGAUAAACGCGUGGCUCUAACAGAUAUUCUGGUCGACUUAUUAGAGCAGCAAUCGAAUAGGAGAGCUCAACUAUUGGAGACGAUCAAUACAAUCGAGCAACAGCGAGGCAUCUCUAACGUGAGACGUGACAGUUUGUUUUGGCUGAUGCAAUAUCAAUCUUUGAUGGAAGCUCGGCCACAAGGACUAUUGGAGAUGUUGGAACCUAUGCUGGUUCGACAUGUGGCGAUAGCAGGAGCUUUGCACUGCCUUCCAUUCUUAGUCACUUUACCAUCUUUAUUACCAGAUAUUAGUAACGAACAAUUGACGAAUAUUGGCAUAAAUUGCGAGAAUGAUCGCGCUGCCAUAAUGUUGGCAGUUGAGAAUUAUCUAUCAGAAGUUAAAUUGAGUGACUCCAGAUCGCCUGUAACAGCUUCUGCGCCUCUCGAAGAGGCAUCGACCAGCGAUCAAGACAAUUCUAUUCAGAAUGUCAACAUAAUCGAAUGCGUAAUUUGCUUCGACUUGCAAUGCGAGGUGAUUUUUUUACCUUGUGGACACUUCUGCUGUUGCUCCAUUUGUGCGGAAAAAAUUUCUGCAGAAUGUCCAAUGUGCAGAACUUUAAUAGAACGUAAAGUUCGAGUUGUGCAGCCUUAAAUUUAUAAAACUCGGUUUUAUUUAGCUUAUUCACGAAUAAUGUCAACUUGAUGCUUCUUAAGAGUAUCAAAAUGCGCUAUUCUUCCUGGUCUGUGAUUAUGCACGUCAACAAACUGUUUCCAUAGUAGUGGAAAGUAUAACCACACAUAAGUUAUAUUUACCACUAAUAUAAAGCUCAUAAAUGUCGGUAUAUGGAGAAUAUACUAUUAUACACCUCUUUGUGUGUGUGUGUGUGUGUGUGUGUGUGUGUGUGUGUGUGUGUGUGUGUGUUCGCAUGUGUGUACAUCCAUUUCAAAAUAAAUGAGAAGUGGUUUUUAACAAAAAUAUUUAAAACAAAAGUUAUUGAUUUUAUUAUUAUUUGUC